AUGGAUUUUUUGAAAGCGCUGACCUUCAGCCGCGAGGGCUGUUUUGAGCCUGAGCUGGCGAAGGCCGACCUGUGCUUCACACUGCACGAAAUUCGCGGCGUGAAGCUGGACUCCGGGGAGAUUUUGUGCUGCUCUGCCCAGGUGGUGCCAACGCGGACGAAUCUGGCAACCACUACGCAACAUCAAAGCACGAGGACUUCUGGCAGAAGGGAACACAGCACUACGACAGGCAGCUAUCAAGUAAACUACGACUACACCAACGCAGAAACCGACCACGACCACGGGGAGCUGCACCAAGCAGCUGGCACGAAAGUGCUGUGCAAUGUGUCCGAGCAGUGCCUGCUCAAGACGGUGCCGCUGGACGCCACGCUGUUCCUGCACGUUUGGGCUGGAAAUUCGAUCCGAGAGGUCGAGGAGAUGGCGUUCGCCGGUGGUGGAGCGGCAGGAGCAGGAGCGGGUUCGUCUUCGUCGUCCGCUAGUACCGCCGCGGGCGCUUCGAGCGGCGGUUUCAGUCCCGCGACGCGCAACCUGAAUUCCGCGGGUGGAGGACUUCCACCCCCAACGGUCGGGCGGCCGAACCCGGGCGGCUUCGCGGUGGCGAAGAACGCGGUGCCGGGCAAAUCAGCGAGAAGUGGUUCCCAAGCGCGCUUCAUCGGGGAGGUGCGGAUCCCGAUGGCAGCACUGGCCAGGCCGCAGGAGCGCGGCGCAAAUAUAUCCUGAGUAAAAACGUACCCACACCAGAGUCAAGAUGGGGAUUUUGCAACACAAACCUAGGAGUUUUGGGAGUCACGCAUGACAAGUUUCAGUCCGUAAGGUAGUGCAAGUUAGCAAGGAAAGCCGCAUCACAAAUCGACCUGCUGAUCCUGUUCACAGCAUCACAAAUUCCAAAACACGAUUGGAAAUGGCUCUCAUGGGGAUGCGCAUCACAAAUGUCUUUGUCAUUGCAAAUCUGCAUUAGGUACGUUUUUACUCAGGACAAAAUACCGCCGAAAUUCUCUACUACGCGUGGCUGCAGUUGGAUACCAUGGCGGAUUACGCAAGGGGACAAGAACCACUUAUUACCCUCAUUUGCCAACAAGAAUGAAACGCAAAAUCGUAUCUGGCUCACCUUGUGGCCGUCGCUGUACUACGGCAGGUGUUGGAAUGAGUAGCUCAAAGAAGUGCUCCUGCAGGACAGGCCAGGCGUGGGUAUUUGUCAUGCAGGUCCUUGAACUUCUACGGUGUAGAAGUUUUUGGGAUCAUGGAGUUGUUUGUAUUGCUACACAGACUUUGCGGCUUGAUGAGGGGGAGGAAGGUGUUGUCCACUGUCAUACGGACACGGUGCCCAACAUCGGCGGGAACAGUGACCAGGAUAUUUUUCAGCAGGCACUGUACGCAGGACCGCGGAACGCAGCCAUGCCAAAAAUCUGCGUGUCACUUUGCAAGGACGGCGAAAGGAACAAAUUUCCGCUGCGGAAAGAGGUUCGUAUACUAUUUUCUGCAUACGGGUUGAUUUUUUGCUUUCUCUUCCAGGGGGCAUACGCAUAGGCACACAAAUAACUUUACUCGAAGUAUUCUAAGUGUGCAAGAUGAAGAUUUAGUCCAUAUAUUCAAAUCUGAAAACACAAACACUGAAAACGUCGCAUGAAAUUCGAAAAAGAAAAUACAGGAAGAGGACGCUGGUUUCCGUAGCCGCACGUGGCAAGCGUUGUUGAAGUCCCACCAGCAGCAUCUCACUCUGGUCCACGCUCUUGACGUGUUGGAUAGUUCGUCCGGCGAGCAGAGUAUGUGGAUUGAAUAAAACUAACGCUCUCGUCACCCCAAAGUCACUCAAGAUGGGAAAAAUUGUGCAAGACAUCAAGUCCAGAACAGCUUUUGGCACUCCCACAUGGGACUUGCAGCGUACUGUCGUACUACAAUCCAGCUAGUCCAGACGCAUCGCAAAUCCGCCUUAUUUUUCUCCAGACAUUUUUCGCCGUGCAGGACGUCAGAAUAAACACCACUAGAAAAGAAAUGCCUCUCAACAUAAUUUUUGAGAGCCGGCGCAUGAACAGAAACCACAUCCUUAGCUGCACGCAAAUUAUUUGCAUAUCAUGACAUCAAGGCUGGGGCCCUCGUGAAGACGUUUUAUUUACUCAGGAUACGAAAGAGGGAAAAGUUAGCCGAAGAGCUGGACCGAGCGAGCCACAAAGUUUCCCUCUUGUCCAAUAUUGUGGAGGAGCAGAAGCGCGAAAUGAAGCUGUUGCAAAGCAAAAUGGCGGAUACCAUAUCAAAUGUAAAAGUGUCUGGGUCUGGAAGAAUGCAACUUGUGAUGCUGCAUUUGGAUUCCAAAAAAAUCUGUAUUGCAUGAGUACCAAAGGGAAUACAAUUUUUGCUACGCUGAGAAGGCAUUUGUCAUGCGGAAUAGGGGCCCCGACUCAUGUUGCAUGUUGUAGCUGCCCUGCGCCGCGGCCCUUUCGUUGCGCCUUCUAUCACCACUCCAGUCUCGAAAGGCCUACUUCUGUAUGACAAGCGCUUUAGCUGCAGCGCUAGUGGCUAUCCUUAACCUUAUGCCAUCUUAACUUACGACUUUACUUUACUUUGUUUUGAUGUUUCCUUUAUGAUGAUGAUGAUGAUGAUGAUGCUUAAGCUAUGGCUGAUUGUUUUAUUUUUCAUUAAGAGGCCUUCGCGCCACCCGGACGUCCUGCCGGUAGACCACCAAUGUCAUGCGGAAUAGGCAUCAAGAGGCCCUCAGAAAAUCUGUAUUGCUAGGGUAUGCAUCACAGACAUCAUGGCUCAUGCAAAACGCGCAUGACAAGCGUCAGAAUCUUCCAGACCCAGACAUUUUUGCAUUUGAUAUACCAUGCAGAGCCACGAUUUGAAGGAACAGGAGCUGCACGCCCGGGCGCUUACCGCGGAAAGUAUUCUGUGCAAAAGUAUCGUACUCGUAUUGCAGUCAUGCAUUACAAAUCUUGUUCUUAAGGUAAAUCAGCAGCACAAAUUUCAUUUCUCAUGCUGAGGAAAUUCGUAAUGCAUUUGUACGAGUGCGAUACUUUUGCAUUUCAUAGAAAGGGGGCAGGAGCAACUGCAGGGGGAGCUGGACGUAAGGGAGGAAGUUUUUCAUCAUGUAGUAGUUCAAAAAUCUACAGAAGUUUCCUGUAAGUAAUCCUUAGCUAAAAUUUUCAUUUCCCACUCUCUGCAUUAAGUGAAAAGCGCCAGAAGCACUACGUACCAGUUGAAAAUAUGGUGCACCAGCGAAUUGCGAAAGGGAAAGCCACAACUACUUCUUACUUUAUGCAAACGUUACUAAACAGCAAACCCUGUCGAGCCUCCACACGAACAAGGAAGAGGAGGUGAAGCGGCUAAAGUUGUUGAGCCAAAACCUUUAUGUAUUGCAAAAAUGUAGUCUGGGUCUGGAAGAAUGCAGGAGUUUGUCAUGCAGAUUUUGCAUGACCCAUAGGGUCUGUGAUGCCUGCCCUAGCAUCGCAGAGAUUCUGCGAGGGCUUUCUGAUGCUCCUACCGCAUGAGAAAUGCCCUCUCCGCAUAGCAAAAAUCGGACCUCUUUUGCUGUUCAUGCAAGACAGAUUCAUUGUAGAAUCCAAAUUAAUGCAGCAUCACAAGUUCCAUCCUUCCAGACCCAGACAUAUUUGCAUUUCAUAACCUCCAGAUGCAGCUGGACCAGUCGAAAGAGGACGAAAAAUCCACGUUGCGAAAGUUCAACUCCAAAAUUGAGGACUCCAACAAGAUGAUUAUGGCCCUGAAAGACGAAAAGGAAGAAGCGGUCCGGCGGAUCGAGACACUGCAGCUGGAUUGGAAAAGCGAAAAGGUAGAAAUAGCGAAGGAGAGCGAGCAGUUGAAGGCUGAUAAAGCAGAACUGGAGAAUUUGUUGGCCGAGAGGCAAAGGGAGUUCGAGAAAACGCACAAGGAGCAGCGGGACCGGAUCACCGCGCUGUCCGCCGCGAAAGCGGAAUUGCUGAAGAUGAUGGAACAAAUUUACGACACUGCGCCGGAGCAGAAUGGGGGCGUGGUUGCCACCUUGGACCGGACGAGCCUGGACGCAUUCCACGCGAAGUGGAGCUGACGGUCGGUUUGUUCUUCGAUGCGGUGUAUGCAUUUUUGCAAAAAAGUAUGAUGUUAUCAUGUUCAUACCAACAGCGGGCAGCUUUUGCCGUUCUUCGUCCUGGAGAAUUUCAUCUUGCGAAAUCAUCUUCCACAUGUCGCAUCUUACAAACAUAAGCUCCCCGCUUUCCUCCAGACCCAGGUCGAUGUUUGCAAUGCAUACCGUGUUUCUACUUCUUGCUAUUUCUAUUGGAAGAUCAUUCUGACUUUCCUCGCUGCAAAUUGCAAGAUAAGUACUUAGUACCAGGAACAAGAACGCGAUGUUGAAAGAUGUAAAAGUAAGUAAAAACGUGGUUAAUACGAUUAGAAAAGUACUACGCUUGAAUUCCGUUUCGAAGGUUUCAAAGUCAAGCAAUGAUAAGUAU